AUGAUGGACAUAUUCCACAAACAAUCACGACCAGACGCCGAUGAAUCGAUUGAAUGCUGGGACGACGACGACGACUUGCAAUUUAACGAGGAGAUACAGUUUCGCACUGCGUCUAGUGCCGGUUCCAUUACGAACUCGUCAUUUCGACCCUCUGGUCACCGAGACUCGAUAUCCUCAAGACGCUCGGCCCGCUCUGAUAUCGAGUCCAACGUCGGUGACGAGGACUGGCAGGUUCCGCUGUACGACAAUGAUGAGUUUGCCAAGGAAGAUGCCAUUGCGUCCGCCAACACCGCUGGCAUUCCCAUUCCCCCUAAUAUCCCGAAAUCCGCGCUGAUUGGAGGUACAAUCAAGCGCUUGUCGAGCCGAAAAACCAGGAAAACUUUUGUGGACGACUGGUCAGAGGAUGUUGAGCUUCCUGGCCCGGAGACCGUCUUGAAAUUGCAAACACAUGGGACAGUGUUCCCAGACUCUAUUGGACUGCUAAGUUCCACUGGGACGAGUCCGGUGAAAUCCACUGCUUCUCCGUCAUGGGAUCCCGAGAUCACGACACGCCUUCAAUCUGCCCUGGGUUCGUUCGAUUAUUUUCAAGGAGAGACCGAUGGCCUUGUUUUUCCGGACGUACCGACUCUGAAAGCCACCACUCCUCGAUCUCCCCAAAAGAUCAUUCCCGUUGAAGUUCCCCGGGAGACAGACGACGAUUUCAACCAAGACUUUGAACUUCCUGACAAUUACCAGCCUUUGGAACUGUCUCACCGAAAGGACACACACGGCGCUUCGACUCCCACCCUAGAGGAUUUUGACCUCGAAUGGUCCGAGGGAAGCAUUGGCGUCCGAGUCGGGGGUACUGCGAGAGAUGGCCGAUCGCUCCCUAGUUCUUCCAUGUCGAUCGCUAGUCCCAGCGUUUCAAGUUGCUUGACGGCGGAUAGUGGGGACGAGGGACUCGAAGGCAUUGUCAUUCCCGAAGGUCCCCUAGACUUCAGUGCCUCUCUGCAAAAACGGCAAACAGCGCAGCAUGAAAACACCGACGCGGAAGAGAGGAAGAAACUCCAUGGGUACCCUGACCUUGAUGACUUCUUUUCUGGGAUUGAGGUCGACAAUGAGAAGGCAUUUUCAUUUGGGAAACCUGAUCUAAAUCCCAACAUCAAGCACAAAACAGAACAGCCACCCAGUCCAACUCGUCGGUCUGCCACGUCUUUGACAUUUACCAGUACAACAGGAUCCCCACGAACUCGUAUCCCACAAUUAAUGACCCAUGAGCGCACACAUUCGACUCAUCUUGAAACGGUGUCAGAAAGCGGUGCGCCUCUCUUCAAAUUUAGGGCGUCACAAUCGCGCAUCGGGCAUUCCUCGCAGUCCUCAACUUCAAGUCUUCCAGUAUCUAGCACCAGCGCAACCCCCCCAACACCUUCAAGCUCUACUCGACGUAUUCUAGGGACACGAACUCCUCGAGACUCCCCCUUAUCGGGCGAGAUCAACACCGCAGCUAGACGCUUGAAACCCAAGCGUUCCUUGCCGUCAAUACGUGGCAUGGGGUCGAGUUCCUCGACACAGACAUCUCAACGACCGCCGGUCGAUCGCCCUGUCCGUCUGCCUACCACGAGACCCAAGACACCGGUUGAUCGUGUUAUUCAUGAUGGACGAUCACUCAGUCGUAGAACCCAGGCUCCUUUCAUGCCGGCUGGUGUUUCAGAGUCCCAAUCGCACCAUGCCACAGUCAAGGGAUAUCGUUCGUCACGCCGUACAAAUUCUGAUAGCUCUGGUGGACUUCUCAGUCCACAAAACACAUUUUCUCGGCUCACUCGGUCUACCCAGAAUGAGCCCCUUCGGGGCGGGCUUGGCGAUGUAGGCACACAUUCUACGGGCCACUCCUCUAAACGCACUAUCACACGACCCACCAAGAGACGCAAUUUCGGCGAUGGAUCAGAAUUGGCCUCCUUCGAUGACUUAUCUACCUCGGCUCUGGCCGAAAGCAAAUUCGUCAAAACUCCCACUGGCCGAGGCGCCCCGAGAACUGUGAGAAACAAGCUUGGCCAAGGCCGGGCUGGUCCUCACGGUGAAUCACCUCCUGGGCCAUCGACAUCCCCAUCAACUUCGAAGUUGCGCAGCCCAACGCCGAGAUUUGCCCAAGAUACCAACGCCUCUCGAAAUGCAAGAGAGCAGCGUAUUGCCUCCAUGGCCCUGAGCUCGAAAGCCCGUGAAACCAAUUCUCUAACAGGUUUGAGCUCGAAUUGGAAAUCCCAACCGAUAUCAAGAAUUCCCCCGGCCUCUGCACCCAUUCGAAGUCGGAAAGGCAAAUCCAAUAUCAGGCCGACGACCAAGCCACACCUUAUCAAGCCCUUAGGGUCUGGUGUUCAGGAUGCUAAAUCUGUGGGCGGUAUGCGUUACAACCCUAACAACUUCCGAUGGGAGGGAAACGAAAAUCAGAUCCCUGAUUUCGAGACUUGCGCUCCAAGAUCACCCAAACCAGCACCAGCCCUCAUCACCAAUGUCGGGACGAUGCAAAACGUUCAAACCGUGGGGGGAAUGGUCUUUGACCCGCAUCGUAUGUGUUGGCUCAAGGCUGCAAGCGUCGAGGCUGAAGAUGAAGUUGAUGUCUUUGCUGGGCUUGACGAUCUGGAAGACCGAGUCACCAACAGUACCAUCCACGGGCGCAAGUCUGGGACCUUCGAGGGCCCCAGCCAAAUUACGGAGGAUGCCAGUGGCGGGGAUUCCUCGGACGAAGGACCCAUGACCGAGGAAUUUGACGUUGGCCCCGAGUUCAUCCGCCGACAACGGGCGGAGGAAGAAAAAUGGCGCCGCAAAGUUGACCGGUGGGUUGGCUUUGAUCGAGAUGAUCAAGCGAACCAUUGGAGAUGGAUCAUCCGUGAUCUAGUGGGCUUUAGCAAUACAUGA